UGGCCGCCCCAUUGUGGUCCGCUGCGCCACCCAAGCCUUAUUCGCAGGACCCAAAAGUCUCGGUCAAUCACUUUCAUCAUCGCAUCCAUCUCUCCUCCUCCAUUCUCUUUUUUUUUUUCCGUAGGGGAAAAGCAUCUAUGCUCAAUAUAUAUAACAAAAAAACGCCUACGAUCUAUUCAUUAAACUCGCAGCUCAACAUUUUAUCCACCGGAAAACUGCCUACACGAUAAGAUUUCAUGUCGGAGAUGAGCUCAAAACCACAUGCGCUGCUAGUCCCGAGCCCCGGCAUGGGGCACCUCAUCUCCUUGUUGGAGCUCGCCACCUGCCUAGCCACCCAUCACAACUUCCACGCCACGGUCCUCGUCGUCUCAUACAACACCUCUCCUGCACUAUCACAGGUCAUCCAAUCCGCCAAAGCCCAGAACCUCCUCGACAUCGUUGAGCUCCCAGCACCUUCCGGCCACGACACCAACGCGGCCGGUUCAGUGUUCACACACCUCCCAGCCAUCAUGCGUGAUGUCCGAUCAUCUCUCCGAUCAGCAAUAUCGGCCAUGGAUAACAAGCCUAGUGCCAUGAUCGUUGAUCUUUUCGGCACUGCAGCACUUACUGUGGCAGAAGAGUUCCAAAUGCUCAGGUAUGUAACAGUAGCCUCUGCUUGGACACUUAGUUUGCUAUUGUAUGCUCCAAUUCUAGAUAAACAGAUAGAAGGCGAGUAUCUGGAUCAAAAGGAAUCGAUAAAGAUCCCCGGUUGCAAGCCGGUUCGACCUGAAGAUGUGGUGAAGCCGAUGAUGAAUAGGAAGGAUCAGGAAUACGAGUCCUUUAUCAGAAUUGGGUUGGAGGUUUCUGAAAUGAGUGAUGGGGUUUUAAUCAAUACUUGGGAAGAUCUGGAGCCUACAUGUCUUAAAGCUAUGAGGGAGCACCCGGAAUGGAAGAAGAUAGUUAAGGUUCCGUUGUACAGUACCGGUCCGAUUGUUAGACUAGCAAGGCAGUCCGGUGGUGGUCCCAGGAGUGAGUUGUUGGAUUGGCUGGAUAAGCAACCCAGGGAGUCUGUGCUGUAUAUUUCAUUUGGUAGUGGCGGGGUUCUUUCAGCUGAACAAAUCACCGAGAUGGCUUGGGGUUUAGAGUCUAGCAAGCAGAGGUUUAUAUGGGUGGUGCAGCCACCGAGCAAGGAAGGGAAUGACAUUUCGGAGUAUUUGCCUGAGGGUUUCGUGGCUAGAACUCAUGACAAGGGAUUGGUGGUCACGACUUGGGCUCCUCAGUCGGAAAUCUUGGCUCAUUCAUCAGUCGAAGGGUUCCUAUCGCACUGCGGUUGGAACUCGGCGCUGGAGAGUAUACUGAAUGGCUUGCCAAUGAUUGCAUGGCCACUGUACGCAGAGCAGAAAAUGGUUGCUACAAUGCUGGUGGAGGAGCUGAAGGUGGCAAUUCGACCCAAAGUAUUGCCGACAAAAGAAGUAGCAAGGAGGGACGAGAUUGAGAUGUUGGUGAGGAAGAUUAUGGAGCAGACAGAAGGAGGUGCAAUGAGAACAAGAGCUAAAGAACUGAAAGCAAGUGGAGAAAAAGCUCAGGGUGCGGGCGGCUCUUCCUUCAACAUGCUGUCUGAAUUGUCAAGGCUAUGCAAGAAAGUUGAGACUGCCUCAAAGUCUUGUUUAGGCUGCUGUUCUUGUUGCUGCUAAACAUCAGAAAGUAUGUAGCUUCCUGUUGUAUAAAUUUCUUGCUGUAUUAGCCUAUUUGAGGCUGACUAUCCUAAAAGCAAGAUCCACUUUCUAGUAACACAAUACGGGAACAUAUUAGUCAUAGCAUGUCCAAGUAAAGAUCUCAAUAGAAUGCAGCAAAUUUUGCAUUACAUUUAAAAAAAAACAUAACAUGCAACUAUACCAUUUGCACUUUU